GUGGUGGUGGUGGUGGUGAUGGGAGUGAGGGUUGGGGUGGAAGUGCACCUUUCCAAAAUUUGUUGACUAAAAAAAAAAAAAGGUCAUCAAGUUUUCGAAAUUCCAAAUGGAUCGUACAGGGCCUCAAAUUAUCGUACGAAUAGGAUCGCUGCCGAUUCGUAUGCAUUCGGGUACGAUCGGAAAAAUUCGAGUCUUUAAAAAAGGCGGUUUCGAAAAAAUGGUGUAAAGUAUAUUAGAGAGCGGUUUUAAUAAUCAUUAUGUUAAUUAAUAUAAAAUUUUUGCCUUGCCUAGAGGUUUAUUUUUUAAUGUAGAACUAGUUUAUUUGUAAUUAACAGUAAAAUGCCAACAGUUUCUGAAACUUUGAUAAAACAUCGGAUCAAGAAUGUUAUCCGUAGAUUUAAAUUUCAAGAAUUAGAAGAUGCUGUACUACCAGUUUUUCCAGAAACAACAUGGAAGCGUUUGAGAUCUCAAUUGGUAAAACAACAUGAACAGUUUAUAACUGCAAAUGUUGUUUGUGUUCUAGAAAAAAUAAUGAAUGAUAACAAUCUAAAGGAAAAAGAAUUGGAACGACGAUUAAUGAGAUUAGAACUUAUUGAUGUAAGUAGACAUAAACGAAAGUUUUGGUAUACUUACAGUAUAUCAGGCUCUAUUAAUGAGCCUCCUCACAUUGGGACUAUAGAUUUUAAGCAGACUGUAAAAGAAAAGAUUAGUAGACUAAAAUUUACGACUAAAAAAUUAGAAGUUGAUGCUGUAGUUUUAAAUGGUAUCAUGUAUUUAAGUAUAAAAUAUGUAAUGCAAAAUAAUUUCAAAACCCCAGCUAAUUAUUUUGCUAUAUUUUUGGGGAAAAAAUAUAUAUUCUCUGCACAGAAAAAGGUUCUUCAAGGUUUUGUAGAUGCAAUAACGCAAAGUAUGGGUUAUAAUAAAAACAAAAGUCUUGAUUUAAACGGCAGAAAUCUUAUGUCAUUAAUGAGAUUACUUCGAAUACGAAAACAAGGUGCAGUUAGUUUAUUAGAUAUCAUGAAUAAACCAAUGUAUAAAAAUGCCAAACCCAUUAUUAGAAAAACAGGUAUAGAUUUUACACAAGAACGACAAAGGAGAAAAUUUUUAGAAAAUCGUUUUGGUGUAGAUCCACCAACAUUAGAUACACUUGUUAUUAAAGAAGCAAAUACUUCUAUCUAUGAUAGAGAAAUAGCAUCACGUUUACCAAAUAAUACUAUUAAAAUUGGGUGGCAGUUUCGUAGUGAAAAUAUAGCUAUCUUUUUAAUAAAUUUAUUUGAAAGAGGAAUACUUCUCCCUCCUUUACCUUCUUAUAUUUCCAACCUUAUGUUUAUGGGAAGAAAUACGUUGACUCUUGAAGAAUCACAAUAUUGUAAUAAUUAGAAAAUAAUAAAAGAUAUUUAUAAAAUA